AUGGCGCACGAAGACGAAGCGGAGACUGAUGCCGGGAUGCAACAACGGGCCGAGCAGGGGCAACGCGAUGACCAUCUUCCGAUUCCACAUCCGCCGCCGCGUUCAACCGAACCAGGAACGCCGCAACGAUCGAGAAAGUCGGGUUCAAAGGCGGCGAGAGCAAGGGCUCGGGCCACGAAGGCGACCGAUUACAAGCCAAAACACCCCUCGCCUUUGAGCCAAUGCUGGAAUCAAGAUAGUCUCCCCCCGUCGCCCACUCUUUCAGCAGAUGUUGCUCCGGGAGACGUCGCGCCUCACUUCUUGCACCCUUAUCCUCCACCUCCUGCUUCUGACCGCGAUGAAGCACCACAGCAACGCCAGGAAAUCUCGUACGGUUUUCCGAGAGAAUCGCUCUCUGCCUGGGAAAUCUGGUGCAACGAGCCGACCGAAUCCAUAUACAGAGAUGACAUGGAAGACAUGCAGGAUCCCGACUUCAACCGGAUGUAUGAAGCUGCUGGACCGGACUUUGCGACCCUGAUGAAUAUCAUCGCACUGGAGCAAGAGCAGCAGCGACUACAGCAGCCGCCGAUCGGCACGGGCAGACCGAGAAGUAGUGUGAGCAUACGGCCACGCCCGACGCAGGAGCUGGUCGAUACGCACCAAAAUCCGCCAUCUCAGGAUACGUCACGCUCCCAAAAUGACACCUCACGCUCUUCAUCGUCGAAACGUGCAUAG